UCCUAGAAUCCUCCACCAUUUGGACACUUUCAGUCCAAAACAGACCGUCUUUCCAGUUGUGUUGGAAAACUGCGGCGAUGAGCCAGCGAGGUCGUGUUCACAACCGUAGGAGUCGUUCGUUUUCUCGAAGUAGGUUGGCAAUCCAGGCAAGGUAGUAUUCAGCAAGCCCUUUUGUCAUUUUCAUUUCACUAUAAUAGCGAGCAGUUUCGUUCCAGCAAUUUUUACUAUUCUCGGCUGCGGAAAUCUGCGGGUUAUUACUUGAGAAAACAUGGCUGAAUCUGUGAGCAAUGGCUCAGGGACUCAUGGCUCGAACGGCAAUGGUGAUGACAGCAGCACACGAGCUGCGAUGAAGGAUUUCUGGGACGGUCAUUGCACGACGGCAUCGCUGCAAGAUGUCAUGCUCGACUCGAAAGCCAAGUCGCUGGACGAAUCUGAGAAGCCGGAGAUCCUUGCUAUGUUGCCCGCUCUGAAAGGAAUGCGAGUAUUGGAGCUCGGUGCUGGCAUAGGUCGUUACACAGGGACUCUUGCUGAGACAGCCCAACAUGUCACCUCAGUUGACUUUGUGGAACAGUUUGUGGAGAAGAACCGUCAGAUCAAUGGUGUGCAACAUCCCAACAUCACAUUUGUGAGCGGCGAUGCUAUGAAGCUGGACUACGAGGAGAACUCGUUUGAUAUUGUCUUCUCUAACUGGUUACUGAUGUACAUCAGUGAUGCUGAGCUGGAAGAGCUAACCAAGAGAAUGCUCAGGUGGGUGAAGGUUGGAGGUCACGUCUUCUUCCGCGAGUCCUGCUUCCGUCAGUCUGGUGAUCGGCCGCGUGAUCUUUCCAACCCAACCAAGUACAGAGAUCCAAAGCACUAUCAUCAUACAUUUGAGACAGCGUACUGCGAAAGUGCAGCGUCCGCGACGGCUUGCGGGUUUGAGCUGGACUUCUCGCGUUGUGUGCGUACAUACCUGCAAAUGAAGAAUAACCCCCAUCAGAUGUGCUGGAGCUGGAGCAAGGUGAUAGUGGACAAGAAAACGAAGUCUAAUGAUGACUUCUACGGCUUCCAGUCGAUGCGUCAAUUCCUUGACCAGCAGCAGUACUCUGUGAACGGCAUCCUUCGCUACGAGAAGAUGUUUGGCAAGAAUUACGUCAGCACCGGUGGUCCAGAGACAACAGCUGAGUUUGUCCCGAUGCUGAAGUUGCAAGAAGGCGAGCAGGUGAUGGACGUUGGAUCAGGUCUGGGUGGCGGUGCUCUCUACAUGGCGGAGAACUAUGGCGUGGAUGUGCUGGGUCUGGAUCUCUCUACCAACAUGGUGCACAUUGCUCUUGCACGGGCAGUCAGCUGCUCAACAGGAUCGGUAUUGUAUGAAGUAUCUGACAUAACCAAGCGCCAGUUUCCCGACGAGUCCUUUGACGUCAUUUACAGCCGAGACACUCUGCUUCACAUUCCCAACAAAGCCGAAGUCUUCAAGAAGUUCUUUCGCUGGCUGAAACCCGGUGGUCGGAUCCUGAUCUCUGACUACUGCUGCGGCGAGGGAGAGUGGAGCGAUAGUUUCAAGACCUAUGUUGAGCAGCGGCACUACACAUUGCACAGUGUCAAGCACUAUGGACAGAUUCUCCGUGAUGCUGGCUUUGCAGAGGUUGUAGCUGAUGACCGCAGUCGUCAGUUCUGCGAUGUCUUGCUGCGUGAAGUCAAGAGAGCAUCAGCAGAGCGGAGUGAGCUUGUCAAGGAGUUUUCUGAGAAAGACUAUGAUGACCUGGUCACAGGUUGGAAGGCUAAGGUCGAGAGAGUCAACGCUGGUGAUCAGUGCUGGGGCCUUUUCUUUGGCCGCAAGCUGUCAGCCUAGAUGCAUGUGCGUGCAGAUAGAGAGUGGUAAUUCAGUACUGAUCCCAGUUUGGAGGUAUGGCCACGUCUUAUACUAUUUUCAGAGGUUUGUGGGGUUGAAAAAGGAAAGUCUGAAGAAUACUUUUAUAAUAUAUUCAUCUUAUUUCCUUCAAUACUGCCUUGCGCCACUCUUCUUUCCAUUUUCUAUGAUUGUUGCGUUUUCAUCACGAUGUUCGAUUUAAAUUUUUCGGUAGAGCCUUUUCUUCAAUAUUUUAUUCUUUUUUUCUUAAAUCUUUUUCUGCACAGCUAGACUGUAUGAGGUCCGUGCUUGUCUGUACCCGUGUGGGGUCACAUUUACUGCGAGGGAAGAUGAAUAGACUGCACUCGUGUCGGUGCCAAAGCCAA